AUGGCUAUGAAUUCUCUUCGUCACGGAAUUGCAAUUCCCAUACAGCGGCAAUCUAAGCCCCAUAUGCAUAUUAACAAUUUACUUGGGCCAUGGAGCCCAGUGCAACCACCGCGCGGCCGUGAUCGCAAUUGGCCAACAGUUGUACUCGAGGUCGCCGUUUCUAAGUCUCAAUCAAAGAUUCAGUCGGAUGUCCGCUUUUGGUCAUGGAAAAGCCAAGACAAAGUGAGCCUCGUCUUUACGCUCACUGUUGACCGCCAGAAUCCCAGAAUCGUGAUCGAGAAAUGGGAGCCGGCGGGUGACCGAGAGCAUCGCACCCUGCAGACACACGCUACCGGUAUUAGCACAGGUGGUCAUUACGGUAGUCGCAUGCUCCCAAGUUACACGGACCAUUUGGCAGCAAAGCUAAUACUCAAAUAUAUGAAUGAAGUUUUAGAGGCGCUAAUACUUUUGCCAUGGCAUUUCACACGCAGUGCAGGACCAACAAGACGUUUUGGGCAAGACUCUACCUCGGAUUCGAUAAAGAAAGGCCCGUCCGGGAAGCGAGGAAUAAUAGUCCAGAUGGUACUAUAUAAUAAGACAGAAGUCCUAGAAAUAUUCAGCUGGUUUCAUUUGAAGUGA